AUGAACACCAAUUUCUUUGCGUUAGCUAUUUUGCUUACCUUGAUCAGCUCCUACUUAAAUAAUGUUUCUGGACAGCGGCAGAGAUGUUUGGGAAACUACUGCUCUGGUUCGUAUAGAAUGGGGGCUGUCUGCAAAGAUGGUUACUGCGUCUGUAAUAGUCAAGACUACGAUUAUAAUACUUGCUUGCGUAAGUAGUUUUGUUACAGUUGUACAGACAAAUCAAUACAAUCAAAUGCAUAAAUCUAGAACAGAUCACAACCGUUAACAUACUACGAAAUGUGUUUUAAGUAAUAAAACUUAAAUGUAAUUCGCUUAACACACACACACUCCUUUAAUUCUCCAACCCAGCCCCCUCAACUUGUUGUGUUAUUCAACUGAUGCUAAUUUCUAGUAACUAUUUCAUUUCUUCAGCGGAUGCAUAUGGAUGUAAAAUCGAGGUGAAUUCUGCUACAGCCCUUGCCAAACCAAACAACCAACAACAACUGGGCUAUUCUACUUAUAGUUGCACGCCUAGCAGCAGUUCCACACAGCACGAGGUCCAUGUACUGUCUGUGUACGAGGUUAUUAACAGGCGUCCUCCAACAGCCGGUAACGCAAAUGUGAAUAUCGUCAGUCGAGGAAAGUCAAACAGACCUAUUGUACUCGUACUUGCAAGCUACGAACCUGUUAACUGGAUUCUUCAUUUACCCGCUGGUAUUUCCAUCAGUAAAAUUGUAUUGGUAAGUAUAUUCGCACAUCAUGAACUGAAAAAGAAAAAAAGUCAUUCUACUCAGAGACCUGUCGUUACGACAUUUUUUUUUUACCACAUGUCAAUUUUAGGGUAUGCUUUUUGAAAAUGUUAUGUUAUUAUACUUUCAGAAUAAAACGUAGAAAUAAUUAUCGAUCUUGUCUUUCAAACAAGAAAAGAAAUGUUUAAUGAGCAAGAGUUGUGUUUGAUUUGUAGGUUGCUUAUUAUUUGAAUAAAAGUUCUGUUAGUGGAGAUCUGAACCAAGUGCAAGCAAUUGAACGAAAGAGUUACCGCAAUUCAGAGUGGCCAAGGGGCUAUGGCAGUGAUUCGGGAGGAGGAAAUACAGUUGGGCUUCUAAAGUAAGUCAGUAACUGAACAGCAUUAAAGUUAUUCAAGGUUAUUCCGCAUUUCUUAUAGAAAAAUAUCCAUGCAUCAUUGAGUCUGUUCAGAUCUUGAUAAUUUUGAUAUAAGACUGUUUUAUAUUGUUGUUUAAGAUAUCAACUUACAUUUUGCCUUUUAUUAUAGAGAAGUAUACAAUAGAUUUGGUGUGGUGACGUCAUUUACCGGCACUUACAGAGCGAAUGAAUGGUCACUGGUGAUACGAUCUUCGAGCGGUACGUAUACAUAAUGAUUUAUCGGCUUCCUCACAACCUAAAUAACAGUAAUGCUUUUUCAUAUAGCUACUUGAACCUACAUGCAGUCUGUUUAGAUAGUACGUACCAUUUUCCUGGUUAAAAUGAUUAAUAUAAUUGUAACGAAAAUUACUAGCGUCAUCUUUGGAAAGUCUUUUUGUCCAAGUUUACUCUAUAAUUUCUAUCAAUUCUAGAUUUUACCGGUUCGCAUUUUUCUUGUUCAGGUUCUGGGUAUGGAAACCUUGGUAGCAGCUCUACUGCGGCCAUCACCCCAACUCCAACAGCUGUCGGGACACCAGCUUCCACACCUAUACCUACAUACACCACCUCACCAUCACCUACACCCAAUCCACACAGGCAAAAGUGUUUGUUCAACGUAAGCUAUUGUCCUGGCUCUUAUAAGAUGAACACUGUUUGCAAAGACGGAUAUUGCGUCUGCACUGGUCAAGGCUACAACUAUGACACCUGCUUGCGUAAGUGGUCUCGUUAUGAUAACGAAAAGCUAAAACCUCAGGUAUGGGAUAGAUAUGUCAGUGAAAAUUGCAUUGCUAAGGUAAUAGGUGUUAUAAGAAUGGCUCCCGUUUGAUUAACACAGAGGCUUUGCUUUUAUCUAUGACUACUUUUAAGUAUAGUUUUUAUAUAGAGGGGUCUAUUGCUUGGAAGGGGGUUCUCAAGAGUGUUGUUUAGGACUUGCUCUUCCUAGAUGUUUCCCAAAGACACACUCACUUUAUAAAGGCAAACUGUAAUUGACUGAAUAAAUCGCGCGAUGUCUACACAACCCCCAAAACCAUCUCCAUCUCUGUCACUCUGAGUUAUUUUUUCAUUUCUUUAGCUGAUGCAUAUGGAUGCAAAAUCGAGGUGAAUUCUGCUACAGCCUUUGCCAAAACACGGUAUAACAACCAGCAGCGCCAGACCACCUACAGCUGCACCCCUGGCAGCAGUUCCACGCAGUACGAGGUCCACAUAUUGUCUGUGUACGAGGCUGAGGCUAUCCACAGGCGUCCUCCAGUAGGUGAAAAUGCUAAUGUGAAUAUCGUCAUUCGGGGAAAGCCAAACAGACCUAUUGUACUCGUACUUGCAAGCUACGAACCUGUUAACUGGAUUCUCAAUUUACCCUCUGGUAUUUCCAUCAGUAAAGUUAUAUUGGUAAGUACAUUCGCACACCAUGAACGUAAAAAGGAAAAAAUCAUUCCACUCAGAGCUAGACUAGUCGUUAUUAUACUUUCAAAAUAAAACCAUGAAAUAAUCAUCUUGUCUUUCAAACAAGAAAAGAAAUGUUGGUGAGGGAGAGUUGUGUUUUAUUUGUAGGUUUCUUAUUAUUUGGAUGAAAGUUCUGUUAGUGGAGAUGUGAAGCAAGUGCAAGCAAUUGAACGAAAGAGAUACCGCAAUUCAGAGUGGCCAAGGGGCUACGGCAGUGAUUCGGGGGGAGGAAAUACAGUUGGGCUUCUAAAGUAAGUCACUUACUGAACAGCAAAGUUAAGGUUAUUCCACAUUUCUUAUAGAAAAAUAUCCAUGCAUCCUCAAAUCUGUUCAGAUCUUGAUAAUUUUGAUAUAAGACAGUUUUAUAUUGUUGUUUAAGAUACCAACUUACAUUUUGCCUUUUAUCAUAGAAAAGUGUACAACAGAUUUGGUGUGGUGACGUCAUUUACAGGUACUUACAGAGCGAAUGAAUGGUCACUGGUGAUACGCUCCUCAAACGGUACGUUUACCUAACGUUUUACCAUCUUACCAACCGACAUAACAGUAAUGUUUUUUGCCAAAGAGGCAACCGAGCUAAGAAGAGAGGUUGACUCGGCGGCAGAAUUAUAACGCCGCGCAAUGUAGGCAAAAACUCUCAAAUUCUGCGUAACCCUCUAAAAUUUUCAUUGUUGACCAUAUUUGGGUGUAAGUAAGACCCCAUAUUUGGGUAGUAACGUCAUGGUGUUGUAUUUAAAACUCGUGGUUCAAGGUUGGGUGAUUAAGUGGGCAGCUGUUCGUUGUCUGUUCAAGAGGACCUAACUGGUGAGCAAGCUUUAAUACGAUUUCUAGUUUGAAAGGGCAAUUAGUGCUCUGGUUUGCUUUAUGAAUUGUGUUUAAAGCAGCAGCUGAUCAAGGAACAGGGUUUUACGCUCAAAUUUUUGUCAGAACUAGCUUGUUCUUUGCAGCUCGAUUUGUAUUGAGGUAGCGUGUUCGCUUCUCGACUCAGAACCAGGGUUUUCAGUGUUCUCUUUCCCUUUUUGAACUGAAUUUUAAGCGGUAGUUGAUCAAGGCAUAAGGUUAUAUUCUCAAAACUUAUAUCAGAACCAGCGUGUUCUUCGCGGGUCGAUUUACAUUGAGCCAGUCCUCACCUCCCGCGAGGAAUGCAACGUAUUUGCGGACCUUUUUUUUAAAUUUAUUUAUGUUUUUCGAGAGAUUUUGUCAACCAGCAUGUUUUUUUGCUGCUCGAUUUACAUUGAGACAGCCCAAAACUCCCGUGAGGAAUGCAACGAAUUUGCGGACCUUUUGUUUUUCAGACUGUGACACUUGCUCAUUAGAUCUUUGUAUUUUAUUUAAGUUUAUAUUUUUAUACCUCUAAUACAUUCCGCCCCAUUCUUGCGCGCUUUUCACACAUUUUAGUUUACACCAACUUUUUUCUUCUGUAUAUUACCACGCAAAAUAUUUUUCUUAUCUCUGAUGACGCUGUUGCUCGGAAUUUAAUCAUUAUUUUUAAUUUCAGCAGUCAAAGGCCUCAUUUGAACUAUAUUUUUCUUUCUAACGUUUAUAGCUUUGAUACAAUGGAAUUUUCCAUGAAACAUAAGUACUAACUUGCUCAUAUUUACCAACAAAGCUUUAAGCCAUGUUGUUAUUGUUUAAUAAAAGUGAAAGCCUAGAAUGUGCCAAAGUUGUUGUUUUGAAGUCGGGUGCCAUCCUUUUCUAUAGCGGAAUCCAUUUUAAACCUCUAAAAUUAUGAAAGAAGAUCUGAAUAGGCACAUUCCACAAAAGAUAAGCGAAUUCUCCUCGUUGGCACUUGCCGGAAGGUACCCCUAGUCAUAGCUACUUGAACCUACUUGCGGUCUGUUUAGAUAGUACUAUUUUCCUGGUUAAAUUGAUUAGUGUGGUUGUAAAGAAAAUUACAAGUAUCAUGUUUGAAAGUCCUCUUGUCCAGGUUAACAUCAUACUUUCUAUCAAUUUUAGAUUUUACCAGACUAUUUUCGCAUUUCUCUUGAGCAGGUUCAGGGUAUGGAAACCUCAGUAGCAGCUCAGCUGUUGCCGCCAUCACAGAAACUCCAACAGCUGCCGGGACACCAACUCCCAGCUCUGCUGCCACCAUCACACCAACUCCAACAGUUGCCGGGACACCAGCUUCCACACCUGUACCUACAUACAGCACCUCACCAUCACCUACACCCAAUCCACACAGGCAAAAGUGUUAUAAAUGGCAGAACUCAUUCUAUUGUACUGGCCAAUAUACCAGAAGGAAGGCUGUUUGCAAAGACGGAUAUUGCGUCUGCACUGGUCAAGGCUACAACUAUGACACUUGCUUGCGUAAGUUGUUUUCUUGUGAUUUCCAUAGAUCAGGUAGAGUAAGCUGACACUCAGAUGCCGACAGAAGACGUACAAAGGUGCCAAGACAAAGAUAUAACCGCAUUCCACAGCCCGAUUUAGCCUUUUAUUAUGUUGACUCAAAAUAACGUUUCUAGAAAAUAGAGCCUAUAUUUUUAAGGAGGUUUCAUACUGUGCUGUUUAGGACGUCCCUGAUCUUUUUCUAAGAGUAUGAGGUGUGAACACUGUUGGAAAAAGGGCCUUAAGAUUGGGAAACUUACCGAAUUUAAAGUUAAUACGUUAAAGCAAGCAAAGAUAUUGCGAGAAAUUCGCGAGAAAAUCGCGAAAUUUUACAAGGUUUGUACUUGCCUCCAACGUCCAAACGUCUGUAAAAUUCGGCCACUUUGCGCAGUAUUAUCCUCGUUAAUGUUCAACAAAUCACGUUCAAAAUUGGCAUCUUCAUUAUUUUUAAGGCGUUCUUUUUAGCCGUAUUUAAAGAUUUUCGCUAACUGGUCCAAGGUAAAAGUUGGAAAAACCGUGGAAGGGUUUAUUAAAAGAAGAAGAAUUGGUUAGUCACGUCAGUACCACGAGUGAUGCAGCAAUCCCAAACAUCAACUCCAUCUCUGCAUCUCUGAUUGUGGUCUUUUUGUUCUAUUUAUGCUGAUUAUUACUCUGGGAACUUUUUCAUUUCUUCAGCUGAUGCAUAUGGAUGUAAAAUAGAGGUGAAUUCUGCUACAGCUCUCGCCAAACCAAACAACCAACAACAACAGGGCUAUUCUACUUAUAGUUGCACGCCUAGCAGCAGUUCCACACAGUACGAGGUCCAUGUACUGUCUGUGUACGAGGUUAUUAACAGGCGUCCUCCAACAGCCGGUAACGCAAAUGUGAAUAUCGUCAGUCGUGGAAAGUCAAACAGACCUAUUGUACUCGUACUUGCAAGCUACGAAUCUGUUAACUGGAUUCUUCAUUUGCCCGUUGGUAUUUCCAUCAGUAAAGUAGUAUUGGUACGUAUGUUUAGUUGUCUAGGACGCAAAAAAAAUACUUAACCUUUUCAACAAUUGGGAUCAAAGUUUGAACCGUACCCCUUAGUCAAUAAAAAUGCUCAAGCGAUCCCAUUUUCGGAAAAAAACGCGCUCUAAUUGAGUGUCCAUUUAUUUACCAGGAAAGUACUUAUGCAGGGGACACUAUUUUUACGUCUCUUAGUGGAGACGGGGCUGUCAUUUUUUGUGGUCAUUUGAGCUACGCGAAGGACUUGCCGUUUGCGUGGAAAAGACAGUGCCUUCAUUACUCAUUUAUUUUAAGAUCCUCAGUAUCGGUCCAACACCGGGAAUCAAACCCGCGACCUGUCGUUCUGCAGUGAAGCGCUCUAUCGACUUAGCUAAUCCUGCCGCGUUUAAAGAAGAAAAAGAUUGAGAAAAAAAGUUAAGGAUUUACUUGGAAAUUCUUCCAUUCAGAAGACGGUUAUGAUGAGAUCCCCCGUCUUAUAAAGUUGUUCUCUACUUCAUCGCAAGUUACUUCGCUUUCAUCUUAGUCUCCCUUGUUAUUACUACUGUUGCCGGUUUAUUCAUUUCUAUUUCACUUAUGAUCUUUAAUUUAUUGUACCGUAAUUGUUGUCUAGUUCAUUUUUAUAGACGAGGAAAAUAUGUCUUUUUCCUUCCACUGUCUCGUAGCCUGCAGUGCAGGCGUUUUCUUCGGCCGCGCGAAUGUUUUGCUCGCAAAAGCGCCAUGUUGAAACUCGAAAAGAGGGGACAAAAUGGGGUGAGUCAAAAGGAGCGGGGUAGGGGGCGAGAAGAGAGAAGGGCGUAUUUUUUUUCUCCCCUCCCCCUCCCCCUUCCUUCUUUCGCCCUAGCACCUACCCUUAGGGUUACUAUUUUUACUCUCCCUAAUCUUCCUCCGUCAUAAUAAAUUAAGUAAGUGUGAAUAAAUUUGUUUGUUGUUGUUGUAUUCGCACAGCAGGAAUUAUAUUUUUUAAAAAAUCAUUCUUCAGUUGCUCAGUGACAAGUCACUGCAAUUAAUUAUGGUAUAGGGUAGGCAAUGUUGCUGUUCUCAUAGUCGAUUGGGCAAUGUAAUUUUUACAAAGUCUUUUUACCCCUGAUUGACAUGAUGUAUUCCACAUUGGGUAGCCUGAGUGACAGGCGAUAGUCUUGGGCCAGGAUUUUAAACUUUUUACUCCUUAGUUUAUAUAACACAACGUCUAGUCAAUAUUUUGUUUACUUAAAAUAAAUGUAUAGCCGAGGCAUAUGAAAACUGAGCAAUUUUUGCUGAAUAGACCAUUUUACAGUUGUGAGCUUAGUAUGCUAGCCUUUGAGUGAAUGUGAGCUUGAGGCAACAUUCAGACGGUACCGGUCGAAAAUUCGUACGUUUAGAUGUUCCGUUCACACGGAACCACUCUAACCGUACGAAUAUUUGAACGCAAAAAUCGAGGUCAAAUUUUUUACCGGUACGGUCGAAAAUUUGAACGGCGAGGUGUUAACACAGUGACCGGCUAAAUUUUUGAACGGUUUAUAAGGCGAAGUUGCAUGGAUCAUGGUCACUCAGCUGGGAGACACCACUUUGAAUUUGCUUAGGCAUCGCUCUGCGCAUGAGCAGAUGGUAAAACCUCUGACAAAAGCCAUGCGCACAAGAGCUCUGGGGCCGAGAUUGUGACAGAAGUUAAAAUUCAAGCUGGUUCGACAGUUCCGUGUGAUGAGCGCGAAAUCCGUGUGAACAAAGUUUCUGUUAAAAUUCUUCAAUCGGUCGAAAAUUCUACCCGCUGUAAGGUGUGAACGUGGCCGAGGUUGACCUUGUUUUGACCUCUGUCCUUUUCAUAUGGAAGUUAUGCCCAAAAAAUACUACUUACCAUAAGAACAACAUGAUUUACAUAAUAGAGCGGUUUUCAUUUGAGUGUCGAAAAGUAAUUGGUUUUGCACUUUCUACACGAUGUGAUUGGCUUAAAAGAUUCGCGCCACCUUUUCAUCCAAUCAGAAGUAAAACCAAAGCCAAUUGUGACGCGCUCGCAUGCAUUUUCCCGCGCUUUGCGUCAGCCGCAUGUAAUUACUUCGACUUUUGAUUGGUUCGAUGUAUUUUCUGUGUCCUAUGUGAUUGGCCAGAGUAAUUACUUUGGUUUUGGUUUUACGACACUCAAACGAAAACCACUCUAAAGCGGGAAGGGUUGUAUCAAACAUGGUCAACUCCAGCCUCGUUUCCACCUGUAACUGUAAAAUGGACUAUAAUAGACCUUGUCACGGUUUUCGACGCCAUCUUGACGAGUAGGCAAACCCAUGAGAAAUUACAGUGAUUGUAUGAGAAUCUAAUGUCGAGCAAUUUCCGUAGAACGGCUGUUCUGAAAAAAAUAUGAUUUGUAAACUAAAGCUUCACUCCUAAGGAUUCUCCUGAAAAAAUCUGAGGGCGUUCCAGGCACUAGAAGGCCUAGAACCACUUUUUAAAAUUUUCUAUACAUUUGUCCGUAAGAAAGUCCCGCGAAAAUUACAGACAAAUAUAUCGAAAAUCUAAAGCAAGCCUCUGGAGAAAUUUAGGCACAGGUUCGCCCCCCAAUUUUUGUAGGACAAUCCCUUGCUUUGUAGCUUAAGUUUACAAUUGAUAUUUUGUUCAGAACAGCCGUUUUACGGAAAUUAUUCGACAUUAGAUUCUCAUACAAACACUGUAAUUUCUCACACGUUUGCCUACUCUUCAAGAUGGCGUCGAAAACCGUGACAAGGUCUAUUAUUAGAAAGUGUGCAAUGUCUGCGAUCAUGACACUCUUAAGAACUAUGUAAAUGUGUAAACAAUGACAAAAGACAGAUGUUUUGAUGGUUUUUAUGGAUUAGAAGGUACCAUUUCAAGGGAAAGAUACAUUAUUUAUGUUAACCAAAAUUCCAAAAUAUUCCGUGAUGCUAUCAUUUUAUGGUAAAAUAAAGAAAUAAUCUUUCAAACAAGACAGGACUGAUCGAAAUGUUGAUAAUGGAGAGUUGGUUUUAUUUGCAGGUUUCCUAUUAUUUGGAUAAAAGCUCCGUCAGUGGAGACGUAAACCAAGUGAAAGCAAUUGAACGAAAGAGUUACCAUUAUGGAUAUGGCAGUGAUUCGGGGGGAGGAAAUACAGUGGAGCUUCUAAAGUAAGUAACUAACUAAACUGCGAAGUUAUUUGAAGGAAUUCCACAUUUCUUAAAGAAAAAAAAAAUCCAAGCAACCUCAAGUCUGCUGAGAUCUUGAUAAUUUUGAUAUACGACAGUCUUUUAUUGUUCAUUGUUCAUUUUGGAUAUCAACUAACAUUUUGCCUUUAUUUUUAUAGAAAAGUGUACAACAGAUUCGGUGUGGUGACGUCAUUUACAGGUACUUACAUAGCAGAUGAAUGGUCACUGGUGAUACGUUCCUCAAGCGGUACGUAUAAAUAGCGUUGUAUCUUCUUUACAACCGAAAUAACAGUGAUGUUUUUGCGAAAGGUUUGAACCCAGGAGUCAUUUUACAAGUAGGUUGAGCGUGAUCGUCCAGCUGAACUUCGGGUGAACGUAGUCCUGAAUAGGACUGCUGUUAUUGUCACUGUGAACAACAGUCCUAUUCCGGACUACGUUCACCAGGGCGAUCAUCCUCAACCUACUUAAGUAAUGUUUUCCAUAACUACUUGAACCUACUGGCGGUUUGUUCAGAUUCAGUACCAUUUUCCUACUUAACCUGAUUAUUGUGGUCGCAAAGAAUCUUUGGAAACACUUCUUGUGCAAGGUUACACUAUAAUUUCAAUCAAUUUUAGAUUUCGCUAGACCAUUGAUGGCAUUUAUCUUGCGCAGGUUCAGGGUAUGGAAACCUCAGUAGCAGCUCUGUUGCCGCCAUCACAGAAACUCCAACAGCUGCCGGUACACCAACUCCCAGGUCUGCUGCCACCAUCACACCAACUCCAACAGCUGCCGGGACGCCAGCUUCCACACCUGUACCUACAUACAGCACCUCACUAUCACCUACACCCAAUCCACACAGGCAAAAGUGUUAUAAAUGGCAGAACUCAUUCUAUUGUACUGGCCAAUAUACCAGAAGGAAGGCUGUUUGCAAAGACGGAUAUUGCGUCUGCACUGGUCAAGGCUACAAUUAUGACACUUGCUUACGUACGUUGUCUCGUUAUGUUAACGAAAGCUAAAACCUCAGAUAUCGGAUAGAUGUGUCAGUAAAAAUUGCAUUGCUAAGUUAAUUGGUGUUAUAAGAAUGGCUCAUGUUUGAUUAACACAGAGGAUUUGCACUUAUCUAUGACCAAUGUUAAGCAUAUUUUUUAUAUAGAGGGGUCUACUGCUUGGAAGCUAAGGGGGUUCUCAAGAGUGUUGGUUAGGACUUGCUCUUCCUAGAUGUUUCCCAAAGACACACACACUUUAUAUAGGCAAACUCCAAUUGACUGAAUAAAUCACGCGCUGUCUGCACAACCCCCCAAACCAUCUCCAUCUCUGUCACUCUGAGUUAUUUUUUCAUUUCUUCAGCUGAUGGAUAUGGAUGUAAAAUUGAGGUGAAUUCUGCUACAGCUCUUGCCAAAGCACGGUAUAACAACCAACAGAGGCCGACCACCUACAGCUGCACCCCUGGCAGCAGUUCCACCCAAUACGAGGUCCACAUAUUGUCUGUUUACGAAGCUGAGGCUAUCCACCGACGUCCUCCAGUAGGUGAAAAUGCUGAUGUGAAUAUCGUCAGUCGUGGAAAGUCAAACAGACCUAUUGUACUCGUCCUUGGUAGCUACGAACCUGUUAACUGGGUUCUUCAUUUGCCCGUUGGUAUUUCCAUCAGUAAAGUAAUAUUGGUAAGUACAUUCGCACACCAUGAACGUAAAAAGGAAAAAAUCAUUCCACUCAGAGCUAGACUAGUCUUUAUUAUACUUUCAAAAUAAAACCAUGAAAUAAUCAUCUUGUCUUUCAAACAAGAAAAGAAAUGUUGGUGAGGGAGAGUUGUGUUUUAUUUGUAGGUUUCUUAUUAUUUGGAUGAAAGUUCUGUUAGUGGAGAUGUGAAGCAAGUGCAAGCAAUUGAACGAAAGAGUUACCGCAAUUCAGAGUGGCCAAGGGGCUAUGGCAGUGAUUCGGGGGGAGGAGACACAGUGGGGCUUCUAAAGUAAGUCACUUACUGAACAGCAAAGUUACUUAAGGUUAUUUCACAUUUCUGAUAGAAAAAUAUCCAUGCAUCCUCAAAUCUGUUCAGAUCUUGAUAAUUUUGAUAUAAGACAGUUUUAUAUUGUUUUUUAAGAUACCAACUUACAUUUUGCCUUUUAUCAUAGAAAAGUGUACAACAGAUUUGGUGUGGUGACGUCAUUUACAGGUACUUACAGAGCGAAUGAAUGGUCACUGGUGAUACGCUCCUCAAACGGUACGUUUACCUAACGUUUUACCAUCUUACCAACCGACAUAACAGUAAUGUUUUUUGCCAAAGAGGCAACCGAGCUAAGAAGCGAGGUUGACUCGGCGGCAGAAUUAUAACGCCGCGCAAUGUAGGCAAAAACUCUCAAAUUCUCUGUAACCCUCUAAAAUUUGCAUUUUUGACCAUAUCUGGGUGUAAGUAAGACCCCAUAUUUGGGUAGUGACGUCAUGGUCUUGUAUUUACAACUCGCGGUUCAAGAUUGGGUGAUUUAGUGUGCAGCUGUUCGUUGUCUGUUCAAGAGGACCUAACUGGUGAGCAAGCUUUAAUACGAUUUCUAGUUUGAAAGGGCAAUUAGUGCUCUGGUUUGCUUUAUGAAUUGUGUUUAAAGCAGCAGCUGAUCAAGAAACAGGGUUUUACGCUCAAAUUUUUGUCAGAACUAGCUUGUUCUUUGCAGCUCGAUUUAUAUUGAGGUAGCGUGUCCGCUUCUCGACUCAGAACCAGGGUUUUCAGUGUUCUCUUUUCCUUUGUGAACUGAAUUUUAAGCGGUAGUUGAUCAAGGCAUAGGGUUAUAUUCUCAAAACUUAUAUCAGAACCAGCGUGUUCUUCGCAGGUCGAUUGACAUUGAGCUAGUCCUCACCUCCCGCGAGGAAUGCAACGUAUGUGCGGACCUUUUUUUUUUAAAUUUAUUUGUGUUUUUCGAGAGAUUUUGUCAACCAGCGUGUUUUUUUGCCGCUCGAUUUACAUUGAGAGAGCCCAAAACUCCCGUGAGGAAUGCAACGAAUUUGCGGACCUUUUGUUUUUCAGACUAUCAUUAUGCCUUUAAGAGACUCUUUGUCCUGUGACACUCGCUCAUUAGAUCUUUGUAUUUUAUUCAAGUUUAUAUUUUUAUACCUCUAAUACAUUCCGCCCCAUUCUUGCGCGCUUUUCACACAUUUUAGUUUACACCAACUUUUUUCUUAUGUAUACCACGCAAAAUACUUUUCUUAUUCCUGAUGACGCUGUUGCUCGGAAUUUAAUCAUUAUUUUUAAUUUCAGCAGUCAAAGGCCUCAUUUGAACUAUAUUUUUCUUUCUAACGUUUAUAGCUUUGAUACAAUGGAAUUUUCCAUGAAACAUAAGUACUAACUUGCUCAUAUUUACCAACAAAGCUUAAGCCAUGGUGUUAUUGUUUAAUAAAAGUGAAAGCCUAGAAUGUGCCAAAGUUGUUGUUUCGAAGUUGGGUGCCAUCCUUUUCUAUAGCGGAAUCUAUUUUAAACCUCUAAAAUUAUGAAAGAUGAUCUGAAUAGGCACAUUCCACAAAAGAUAAACGAAUUCGCCUCGUUGGCACUUUUUAUAGCUACUUGAACGUACUUGCGAUCUGUUUAGAUAGUAUAUCUAUUUUCCUGGCUAAAUUGAUUAGUGUGGUUGUAAAGAAAAUUACAAGUAUCAUGUUUGAAAGUCCUCUUGUCCAGGUUAACAUCAUACUUUCUAUCAAUUUUAGAUUUUACCAGACUAUUUUUCGCAUUUCUCUUGAGCAGGUUCAGGGUAUGGAAACCUCAGUAGCAGCUCAGCUGUUGCCGCCAUCACACAAACUCCAACAGCUGCCGGUACACCAACUCCCAGCUCUGCUGCCACCAUCACACCAGCUCCAACAGUUGCCGGGACACCAGUUUCCACACCUGUACCUACAUACAGCACCUCACCAUCACCUACACCCAAUCCACACAGGCAAAAGUGUUAUAAAUGGCAGAACUCAUUCUAUUGUACUGGCCAAUAUUCCAAAAUGAAGGCUGUCUGCAAAGACGGUUAUUGCGUCUGCACUGGUCAAGGUUACAACUAUGACACUUGCUUGCGUAAGUUGUUUCGUUAUGAUAACGAAAAGCUAAAACCUCAGAUAUCGGGUACAUGUGUCAGUAAAAAUUGCAUUACUAAGUUAAUAGGUGUGUUAUAAGAAUGGCUCCUGUUUGAUUAACGCAGAGGCUUUGCACUUAUCUAUGACUACUAACAAUUAUUCUUUGAAGUCGAGGUGAAUAGUGGCUGUCUGCACAACAUCACCUACACCCAAUCCACACAGGCAAAAGUGUUAUAAAUGGCAGAACUCAUUCUAUUGUACUGGCCAAUAUACCAGAAGGAAGGCUGUUUGCAAAGACGGAUAUUGCGUCUGCACUGGUCAAGGCUACAAUUAUGACACUUGCUUACGUACGUUGUCUCGUUAUGUUAACGAAAGCUAAAACCUCAGAUAUCGGAUAGAUGUGUCAGUAAAAAUUGCAUUGCUAAGUUAAUUGGUGUUAUAAGAAUGGCUCAUGUUUGAUUAACACAGAGGAUUUGCACUUAUCUAUGACCAAUGUUAAGCAUAUUUUUUAUAUAGAGGGGUCUACUGCUUGGAAGCUAAGGGGGUUCUCAAGAGUGUUGGUUAGGACUUGCUCUUCCUAGAUGUUUCCCAAAGACACACACACUUUAUAUAGGCAAACUCCAAUUGACUGAAUAAAUCACGCGCUGUCUGCACAACCCCCCAAACCAUCUCCAUCUCUGUCACUCUGAGUUAUUUUUUCAUUUCUUCAGCUGAUGGAUAUGGAUGUAAAAUUGAGGUGAAUUCUGCUACAGCUCUUGCCAAAGCACGGUAUAACAACCAACAGAGGCCGACCACCUACAGCUGCACCCCUGGCAGCAGUUCCACCCAAUACGAGGUCCACAUAUUGUCUGUUUACGAAGCUGAGGCUAUCCACCGACGUCCUCCAGUAGGUGAAAAUGCUGAUGUGAAUAUCGUCAGUCGUGGAAAGUCAAACAGACCUAUUGUACUCGUCCUUGGUAGCUACGAACCUGUUAACUGGGUUCUUCAUUUGCCCGUUGGUAUUUCCAUCAGUAAAGUAAUAUUGGUAAGUACAUUCGCACACCAUGAACGUAAAAAGGAAAAAAUCAUUCCACUCAGAGCUAGACUAGUCUUUAUUAUACUUUCAAAAUAAAACCAUGAAAUAAUCAUCUUGUCUUUCAAACAAGAAAAGAAAUGUUGGUGAGGGAGAGUUGUGUUUUAUUUGUAGGUUUCUUAUUAUUUGGAUGAAAGUUCUGUUAGUGGAGAUGUGAAGCAAGUGCAAGCAAUUGAACGAAAGAGUUACCGCAAUUCAGAGUGGCCAAGGGGCUAUGGCAGUGAUUCGGGGGGAGGAGACACAGUGGGGCUUCUAAAGUAAGUCACUUACUGAACAGCAAAGUUACUUAAGGUUAUUUCACAUUUCUGAUAGAAAAAUAUCCAUGCAUCCUCAAAUCUGUUCAGAUCUUGAUAAUUUUGAUAUAAGACAGUUUUAUAUUGUUUUUUAAGAUACCAACUUACAUUUUGCCUUUUAUCAUAGAAAAGUGUACAACAGAUUUGGUGUGGUGACGUCAUUUACAGGUACUUACAGAGCGAAUGAAUGGUCACUGGUGAUACGCUCCUCAAACGGUACGUUUACCUAACGUUUUACCAUCUUACCAACCGACAUAACAGUAAUGUUUUUUGCCAAAGAGGCAACCGAGCUAAGAAGCGAGGUUGACUCGGCGGCAGAAUUAUAACGCCGCGCAAUGUAGGCAAAAACUCUCAAAUUCUCUGUAACCCUCUAAAAUUUGCAUUUUUGACCAUAUCUGGGUGUAAGUAAGACCCCAUAUUUGGGUAGUGACGUCAUGGUCUUGUAUUUACAACUCGCGGUUCAAGAUUGGGUGAUUUAGUGUGCAGCUGUUCGUUGUCUGUUCAAGAGGACCUAACUGGUGAGCAAGCUUUAAUACGAUUUCUAGUUUGAAAGGGCAAUUAGUGCUCUGGUUUGCUUUAUGAAUUGUGUUUAAAGCAGCAGCUGAUCAAGAAACAGGGUUUUACGCUCAAAUUUUUGUCAGAACUAGCUUGUUCUUUGCAGCUCGAUUUAUAUUGAGGUAGCGUGUCCGCUUCUCGACUCAGAACCAGGGUUUUCAGUGUUCUCUUUUCCUUUGUGAACUGAAUUUUAAGCGGUAGUUGAUCAAGGCAUAGGGUUAUAUUCUCAAAACUUAUAUCAGAACCAGCGUGUUCUUCGCAGGUCGAUUGACAUUGAGCUAGUCCUCACCUCCCGCGAGGAAUGCAACGUAUGUGCGGACCUUUUUUUUUUAAAUUUAUUUGUGUUUUUCGAGAGAUUUUGUCAACCAGCGUGUUUUUUUGCCGCUCGAUUUACAUUGAGAGAGCCCAAAACUCCCGUGAGGAAUGCAACGAAUUUGCGGACCUUUUGUUUUUCAGACUAUCAUUAUGCCUUUAAGAGACUCUUUGUCCUGUGACACUCGCUCAUUAGAUCUUUGUAUUUUAUUCAAGUUUAUAUUUUUAUACCUCUAAUACAUUCCGCCCCAUUCUUGCGCGCUUUUCACACAUUUUAGUUUACACCAACUUUUUUCUUAUGUAUACCACGCAAAAUACUUUUCUUAUUCCUGAUGACGCUGUUGCUCGGAAUUUAAUCAUUAUUUUUAAUUUCAGCAGUCAAAGGCCUCAUUUGAACUAUAUUUUUCUUUCUAACGUUUAUAGCUUUGAUACAAUGGAAUUUUCCAUGAAACAUAAGUACUAACUUGCUCAUAUUUACCAACAAAGCUUAAGCCAUGGUGUUAUUGUUUAAUAAAAGUGAAAGCCUAGAAUGUGCCAAAGUUGUUGUUUCGAAGUUGGGUGCCAUCCUUUUCUAUAGCGGAAUCUAUUUUAAACCUCUAAAAUUAUGAAAGAUGAUCUGAAUAGGCACAUUCCACAAAAGAUAAACGAAUUCGCCUCGUUGGCACUUUUUAUAGCUACUUGAACGUACUUGCGAUCUGUUUAGAUAGUAUAUCUAUUUUCCUGGCUAAAUUGAUUAGUGUGGUUGUAAAGAAAAUUACAAGUAUCAUGUUUGAAAGUCCUCUUGUCCAGGUUAACAUCAUACUUUCUAUCAAUUUUAGAUUUUACCAGACUAUUUUUCGCAUUUCUCUUGAGCAGGUUCAGGGUAUGGAAACCUCAGUAGCAGCUCAGCUGUUGCCGCCAUCACACAAACUCCAACAGCUGCCGGUACACCAACUCCCAGCUCUGCUGCCACCAUCACACCAGCUCCAACAGUUGCCGGGACACCAGUUUCCACACCUGUACCUACAUACAGCACCUCACCAUCACCUACACCCAAUCCACACAGGCAAAAGUGUUAUAAAUGGCAGAACUCAUUCUAUUGUACUGGCCAAUAUUCCAAAAUGAAGGCUGUCUGCAAAGACGGUUAUUGCGUCUGCACUGGUCAAGGUUACAACUAUGACACUUGCUUGCGUAAGUUGUUUCGUUAUGAUAACGAAAAGCUAAAACCUCAGAUAUCGGGUACAUGUGUCAGUAAAAAUUGCAUUACUAAGUUAAUAGGUGUGUUAUAAGAAUGGCUCCUGUUUGAUUAACGCAGAGGCUUUGCACUUAUCUAUGACUACUAACAAUUAUUCUUUGAAGUCGAGGUGAAUAGUGGCUGUCUGCACAACUUCCAAAACGAUCACCAUCUCUGCCACUCUGAGUUACUAUUUCAUUUCUUCAGCUGAUGUAUAUGGAUGCAAAAUCGAGGUGAAUUCUGCUACAGCCCUUGCCAAACCAAGGUAUAACAACCAACAGCGCCAGACCACCUACAGCUGCACUCCUGACAGCAGUUCUACGCAGUACGAGGUCCACGUACUGUCUGUUUAUGAGGUUAUUAACAGACGUCCACCAACUGCCGGAAACGCUAUUGUGAAUAUCGUCAGCCCCGGAAAGUCAAAGAGACCGAUCGUUCUCGUCCUUGGUAGCUACGAACCGGUUAACUGGAUUCUCAAUUUACCCGCGGGCAUUUCCAUUAGUAACGUAGUACUGGUAAGU